CAAGAGGGCACGAGGGGGUAUUUUAAAUGGGUUAACACUUAAAAUGAGGACGAGUCGGACCUUCCUGCAACACUAAACACACCACUAACAUCACUGACACGCUCUCGUGUAUGAAUGCAAUCAGAUCCUCACGGCGAUGUUCCAACACCCACUGUAAGAAGGAAAGCAGAGGCUGUUCUUCAGCAAUAACUCCCCAUCAGCAGCAGUGACAGGAACCAGGCGUCGCCAUGACUACAACACACCUUUUAUUUACCGUCCAGAACCACCACAGAACCUACUCGAGUCCUCUGAGUUUAUGUGGGAUGUUGAUGAUGGAAAAUAGUGGAAAAUCUGGGAUGAUCAGUUUUCUUUGGGGACUGUUUUGUGAAUUAUUUUUGGUGAAGUGUACAUGGAGCUGAGUAAAGGUGGUGGCUUAGCAGUUGGAAGCCUGCUGCUGAUCGAGGAGGAUCAGACUGAUAGCUACUCUAGGCUGCUACUGCAGUACUUCCUGGCGGAGGGCGUGGUCUGCGGACAUCAGCUCUACCUGGCUUCCGCCCGAGACCAUCCUGAUGACAUUAUACAGAAUCUUCCGUUACCGAUUUUGGAUGAUGAUGUCACCCCAAAACUGGGUGAACCUCUCCCACCUGCAGACGCACAGCCUCCAGACCCCAUGAAGAUCGCCUGGCGCUACCAGAACUUUCCAAAAGUUCAGACCGAGCCGGUCUCCUCAUUUCGUUUCGGACAUUACUAUGACCUCUCUAAGCGGAUGGACCCACAACUGUUGCAGGCCACUCAGUUUCACACCUUCUACCUUCCAGAGGAAACAGAGGAGCGGAGCAGCUCUUUAGGACCCUAUUCUGGUUUGCUGCAGUCAAUUCAAACAGUUAUCCGGAAUGAAGGCUUUGAUGGGUCCAGUUCACAGGGUAAAGUGCGGAAUGUGUUGCGUUUGGGUGUCCACUCUUUGGGCUCUGCCCUCUGGGGGGACGAUGUGUGUUUAAGUGAAAGCCCCGCCCACAGCCACGCCCUCACCACCUUCCUGUAUGCCCUGCGAGCCCUGCUGCGCUCCUCCCUCUCUGUCGCUGUGGUGACCGUACCUGCCCACCUCAUACAGAGUAAGUCAGUGUUGGGGAGGAUGGUGAAGCUGAGUGAUGCGGUUGUUGCUCUGGAGUCGUUCUGCAGCUCUGAGAGAGAAACCAGCUCUGUGUACAGAGAAUAUCACGGUCUUCUCCACAUUCGGCAGGUUCCCCACCUGAACUGCCUGGUCUGUGAAGUUCCUGAUAACAAAGAUCUGGCGUUUAAACUCAAGAGGAAGCAGUUCAGCAUUGAGAAGCUGCAUUUGCCUCCUGAUUUGUCGGAGACGGUCAGUCGGGUCAGUAAAAGUAAAGCGGAGGGUUCUUCAGGCUGUGGUUCUGCCCCCAGUGGCCAUGUGCAGCUCGACUUCUAGAACGCUCUCCCCAUCGUCCGACCGUGUGCUGCAGUUCUGCGUGAAUGCUGUGAUGAUGAUCAGCUCCGCCUCGCCCUGUCUAUUUAUUAUUUAUCCCGCAGGUUAUUAAAUAUCUCCGAUUGUUGGACCUGAAAACUGUCGUAAUCUUUAUUUCUCCACUUUUUUCCUCUGACUGACUUCUUUUGUACUCUGUGUGAAUGCCUAAAUAAACCUGAUUAGCUUUUCGUAUUGAA